CACUCCUGUGGACAGGACUGAUCAUCAGACUGAACAGCGCAACUCGGAGAGAAGUGAGACUGUGGUGACACUACAGGGAACUGGAACAACUUGAAAGCAGAAAACUAGGAGGCAUCUGUAGUAUUUAAACUCAAGCUCCCAGCAUUCAGGCUAGUAUUUUUGGUCGAUUAUUUUGAUUUGUGUCCCACUUUAAGCUGCUUCAACUGAGAUGGAUUCCGACUCUGGCUCCACCUGCAGCCGCUCUGUAUCCCCAGACCUGGUGGUGGACGACUCUCCCAGGAGCUUCUUCUCCAACAAGAUGUUCCAACAAUACUGCCAAGAAAACAGAGCAGACAGCGAGGCCGGCCAGGGCAGGACGGAGCGCUGCAGUGGGGGCGGUAAGACCAAGACCAGGUCUGAGCUCAACAACAACGAGGUGCAAGACCUGAGACUAAAGGUCAACAGUCGGGAGAGGAAAAGGAUGCAUGAUCUGAACCAGGCGAUGGACAGCCUGAGAGAGGUUAUGCCCUAUGCUCAUGGACCUUCAGUCCGUAAGCUGUCAAAAAUCUCCACUUUGCUGUUGGCUCGCAACUACAUCCUCAUGCUGUCCAGCUCCUUGGACGAGAUGAAAAAGUUGGUGGGGGAUGUUUAUGGAGGCAGUGCUGCUGCCCAGAGCCGCACUACUGCUCCCCACCUCCCUCUGCAUCCUCUGGCCCAGUCUCUGCACUCUCUGGUGGCCAACACGCCUUCAGCUCUCCAGCAUCACUCACCUUCUCCGGCUACAGCCCUGCACUCCCCUCCAUCUGCCAGCUUCUUGAGUUUUCACGCUCCAGUCCAGGGCCUUCUGAAGGACCCCCUCCACCUGGCCAGCUCCUACAGGCACUUCCCCGGCAUGCCCUGCCCCUGCUCACUCUGCCAACCUUUGCCCACCACUACCUCCACAUUACACAGCCUGGCUAUGACCAAGUGAGCAGGACACUCUUAAAAAAACUGACCUCUACUGUUUGGAUCAUUGCAAUGAACCAAGCAGCUCACAGAAGAUUGUUAAAGGAACUGCUAAAAUAAUGGCUGGUGCCAGAGCUUGUACAUACUGUAUAUAUAUCUUCUGCCAUGCAAACUGCUGCUAUUUUUGAUCAACUGUCUCUUCUGCAUUGUUUAUACAAGAAAUAUAUAUAAAUAUUCUAAAUACACGCAGGAUUUUACCAGAGUAGCAAAUAUUGUAAUUUAUCUGAUAUUUGUGGUGAUGAAACAUUGUCAGAAAUGGAACUGGUGUAUCCUAUUGUGCAGGAUUUCUAUUUUCCCUAAAUUAAAAUUUUGUUAUAAUAAAAA